UGGUUAGUCCAGCUCUAUGGUGCAGACCAAUCAGUAAAAAAAAAACGUGCGGUGUCGAAUUGAAGUUUCUGUGCUAUUACCGUGAAUCCAAAGGUGAUUGCUCUUUAUCAACUAAAACGUGCGUAACCAAUCUGUUUGAGUACAGAUAAGUAAUAAAAAAAAUCGUGGAAAGCCAAACAAGCGUAGGCGAUUUUAUCGCAAAAUUUUCCGCCACGGUUCCUGUGCGUGCGAGCGAGAGAAAAGAGCUACGAAGGCCGGACGCUAGAAAUUUCCAUUCGCAGGCGAAAAGCGAAUCCAUAAUUGAUGUGAAUGUGAAAAGCAUAUAUCGAAUCGAAUGUUCUGGACUUGUUUGUCAAACGAAAAGAACAGAUAGCAAGCCGACACGUGCGUGGCUUAGCUGAAAAAAAAAACAAAGAAAACUCUGCGAUCGCGUUGUUCCGCCCCCAAAAACAAAAAGAGAGAAGGAAAACAAGAAAAAUCAGCAAACGCCCAAGAAGUGUGUCUGCUCUGAAUCAAUUUUAUUUGGAACAUCGGUCAGACGACAAGGAGUCGAGUAAAAAAUGUCCGUGAUUGGCAUCGAUUUUGGCAACGAGAGCUGCUAUGUUGCGGCAGCCCGAUCCGGAGGAAUUGAGACGCUGGCCAAUGACUACAGUCUCCGGGCCACGCCCUCCUUUGUGGCCUUCGAUGGCAAGAAGCGUAUCAUCGGCGUGGCCGCUAAGAACCAGCAGGUGACAAACAUGAAAAACACAGUUGGCGGAUUCAAGCGCCUGCUUGGCCGCAAAUUCAACGAUCCCCAUGUACAACACGAACUCACGAGCAUUCCAGCGCGCGUGGAGGCGCGCGGUGAUGGCAGCAUUGGCAUCAAGGUGAACUACCUCGGGGAGGAUCAGCAUUUCGGACCUGAGCAGCUGACGGCGAUGCUCUUCACCAAGCUGAAGGAGACAUCGGCGGCUGCCAUGCAGACGCAGGUUAACGACUGCGUCAUCGCCUGUCCCGUGUUCUUUACCAAUGCAGAGCGUAAGGCUCUCCUGGAUGCCGCCCAGAUCGCCGGACUGAACGUCCUGCGAUUGAUGAACGAAACGACGGCCACCGCGCUGGCCUACGGCUUCUACAAGAACGAUCUGUUCGAGGACAAGCCACGUAACGUGAUCUUUGUUGACUUUGGGCACUCGUCACUGCAGGCCAGUGCCUGUGCCUUCACCAAGGGCAAACUGAAGAUGCUGGCCAGCACCUGGGACCAGAUCGGUGGACGCGACAUUGACUUGGCUCUGGGCGAUUACUUCGCCAAGGAGUUCCAGGAGCGUUACAAGAUCAACGCCAAGACCAAUGCCCGUGCCAAUCUGCGCCUGUUAACCGAAAUCGAAAAGCUGAAGAAGCAGAUGUCCGCCAACAGCACCAAGCUGCCGUUGAACAUUGAGUGCUUCUUGGAUGAUAUCGACGUCUCGUCGUCCAUGCAGCGGUCGCAGAUGGAGGAGCUGUGCGCCCCCGUCUUGCAGCGCGUCGAGCAGACUUUCAAGCGUUUGCUAGCCGAGUCUAAGCUGCAGCUGGACGACAUUCACUCCGUGGAGAUCGUUGGCGGAAGCUCACGCAUUCCGUCCGUAAAGCAGCUUAUUGAGCAGGUCUUUAACAAGCCGGCUAGCACCACUCUUAACCAGGACGAAGCUGUGUCUCGCGGAGCAGCCCUUCAGUGCGCCAUCAUGUCGCCAGCUGUACGCGUCCGAGAGUUUGGCGUCACUGAUAUACAGAACUACGCCGUUAAGGUGCUGUGGGACAGUGAGGGCUCCGCUGCUCCGGGAGAGAUCGAGAUCUUCCCGCAAUACCAUGCUUCUCCGUUCAGUCGCCUGCUGACAAUCAACCGCAAGGGACCGUUCAACGUUUCGAUUGUGUAUGGCCAACAGGUGCCCUAUCCAGAUCAAACGAUUGGCGUGUGGAAGGUCAAGGAUGUAAAGCCGACGGAACGCGGCGAGGGUCAGGAUGUAAAGCUGAAAGUGCGCAUCAACAACAAUGGCAUUGUGCUAAUCUCGUCCGCCACUUUGGUGGAAAAGAAGGAGGCCGAAGAGGCUGCCGCAGCUGCUGAGCAGGCUGCCAGUGAAGAAAAACCAGGCGAUCAGACCAACAAUACUGGAGAACCUGCGGAUGGUCAGCAAGAGGGCGCUGAUAAAAAGAAGAAGGCUUCCAAAGCCACCGAAUUGCCGCUGGAGUGCACCACACACGGCUUCAGCCCCGUCGACCUGAGCAACUACACACAGCAAGAGUCAAAAAUGAUUGGCAACGAUCAGAAGGAAACGGAACGCAUUGAUGCCAAGAAUGCCUUGGAGGAGUUCGUCUACGAUAUGCGCAACAAACUGCAGGGUGGACCCUUCGAGCGAUACGUGGUUGAGGCUGAGCGCGAGAAAAUCGUGUCGCAGUUAAAUGAUCUCGAGAACUGGCUGUACGAGGAUGGCGAGGACUGCGAGCGUGACAUCUAUACCAGCCGCCUGCAGGCCCUGCACCAGAAGACGGAUCCCAUCAAGCUACGCGCCAGCGACUAUGAGCAGGGACCAGCUGCAUUUGAUGAGCUGAAGAACAGCAUUGCCAUUGCACGUCUGGCAGUGGCCGAGUUCCGCAAGGGUGUGCCCAAGUACGAUCAUCUAACGGAAACCGAGUUCAUCAACAUCUCGGAGACGGCGGACAAAGCGCAAUCGUGGCUGGAUGCAAAUCUGCCCAAGUUCACACAGUCGCCGCGCACCGCUGACAGUCCCGUCCAGAUUUCCGCCGUGCGCCAAGAGGUGCAAACUCUAAAUUCGUGCGUCAGUUCGGUGAUCAACAGGGCGAAACCGAAGCCAACUCCGGCCAAGACAGCAACACCGCCCAAGGACGAGGCGAAUGCGGAACAGAAUGGCGGCGAGCCAGCGGCCAAUUCUGGCGACAAAAUGGAUGUGGAUAACAAUGGCCAGAGCGCGGCCGGAAACGAUCCCUCCAUGGAAGUGGAGUGAGCCCAUUAGGCUCAUUCCGAUAUCCGGUUGUUCCCGGCUAUCAGCGGUAUUGGCUAACGAUUAAUGAUAAUAAUAAUAACGAUAACUUAAACGGUAAACAUAUAUGAAUCAACAUAUUUGUAUAUGCACUUGCUUCAGGACUAGCAGAGAAUACAACAAAAUAAACAUAACAAACAAAAUGCAAACAACCAACCUACAAGUGUAAGAGUAAUUUGAUAAAAUGCUUCUGCGGCCGCGGCUGUAUACAAAAAUCAGUAAAACGGAUGUGGGCGAGAGUGGUAGAAAAAGAUAGAACUGGCGAGGAUGAAUCCUUUACUUCUGCUGCUGCCGUGUUGAUGAUACAAAACGAAACAGAAACAGAAACAUAAACACAACCCUAAAACAAUUUCUAAUCGACCAUUUUUCAUAUAUUUGAAUAACAAAAUCAACAAAGCGACACUAAAUGAAUGGAAUUAAAAUAAUCAAAUAAAAACAAUGAUAAUUCCAAUCAUGCAUUUCUGUUCUUACUCUAGUGUUUUAAUUUUUGGGAUUGUUUGUGAAAGAAAUUGUUUAGUAUCAAUGAACCGAAAGUUUUGUAUGUGCUUUGGUUUGGUUCAUUACCAAUAAAUUUGUAAU